GGGGCACUGGGCUCUGGGGCAUCGGGGCACUGGGGCAUCGGGGCACUGGGGCAUCGGGGCACUGGGGCAUCGGGGCACUGGGGCAUCGGGGCACUGGGGCAUCGGGGCAUCGGGGCAUCGGGGCGUCGGGGCACUGGAGCAUCGGGGCAUCGGGGCACUGGGGCAUCGGGGCACUGGGGCAUCGGGGCAUCUCGCCAUCGGGGCACUGACAGACCCACUGAGGCAUCGGGG